AAAAAAAAAAAAAAAAAAAAGAAAGAAAAAAAAAAAAGAUCACCGGAGCUGGUCCUACCGCGUCUCGGAGAUUCAGGGUCCGCGUGGGGGUGCCGCCGCCGCCAUGAAGGCUCAGCCCGCGGCUGUCUCCAUCUUCUGCUUGUGCCUGCUGCAGGCGGCCUCCGCAGCCGCCUCCGAAGGGCUCGGAAAGGGUUUUGGAGAUCAUAUUCAUUGGAGAACGCUAGAAGAUGGGAAGAAAGAGGCAGCGGCCAGUGGUUUGCCUCUUAUGGUUAUCAUCCACAAGUCUUGGUGUGGAGCUUGCAAAGCUUUGAAGCCAAAGUUUGCUGAAUCUAAGGAGAUCUCUGAACUUGCCCAUAAUUUUGUUAUGGUCAACCUCGAGGAUGAUGAAGAGCCAAAGGAUGAAGCCUUUAGUCCUGAUGGAGGUUACAUUCCUAGAAUCCUUUUCAUGGACCCCAGCGGAAAAGUUCACCCAGAAAUCAUAAAUGAGAAAGGAAACCCCAGCUACAAGUAUUUCUAUACCAAUGCUGAUCAAGUUGUCCAAGGGAUGAAGGAGGCCCAAGAGAAGCUCACAGGUGAUGCUUUCAAACAAAAACACCUGGGAGAUGAACUAUAAUGAAUACACUGAAUGAUGCUUUCCCAUCACUUCAAAACUCUAAAAGGCAAUGAUUAAACUGACCAAGAAUGUAGAUGCACUGGAGGGACAUAAUUCUCCUGUCAACAAUGUUAGGUUAAACCCUGUUUGGAGUUCACACACAUGCAUCACUUUCAGUGUUAUCUCCUCCUCUGCCUGGCUGUGUGUACUGUAAUGAUUUUUUGCAACUAGAUAAUGUGCAAACACAUCAAUUCAUGUGUUUGAGCAACCACUAAUAUUGGUGUUAAAAGGGAGGUGUGUAGGGCAGAACAUUCAUUUGAAGACAAACAGUGUGAUUGGAAUAACUAGAAGUAGCUGACAUUUUGACGCUUAAUCAGGGUUGGAUCCCUCUUUUCUCACUGGUAUUAUUGUGUGAUCCUAUUGUUUUAUUGGGGAUUCAUAUGAGUGGGACAUGUUCCUGGGCCAGGUGUUUUCUAGACAUCCCAAACCAUAAAUUUUGCCACUAAGCCAAGUAGAGUAAAUUUCAUCAAUGUCCAAGUAGCAUGUAAAAUUAUUAGCUCUGCAAACAUAUUUUUAUGUAAGACUCUGUGUGAUUCAUCCUUAUUUGCCUUUGGGCAGAAACUGAACUUACUCACCUUUUGAUUGUCUUACUGAGUGAAGGUGGGUUAUGUUGAAGCAUUACGGGGAAUCCCCUUUUAUUCUUUGAAUGUUUUUGGCUAAUGCCUUGCCAUCACAUUGUACUGUAUUUUUGUACCAGGGUGAAAAAUUAAACCUUUUUAAACAUAAGCAUGCAGACAGUGUUUUUUGAUGAAGGGCAUAGUUUUCCAUUCUUAAAGACUGGGGAAUAUGUUUGUGUUUAUGUUGCAGUGGUUAUUAGUGUUGAAUGUCACAACUGAAGAAGGUUUCUCCUUUAUAUAAUUAAAAUACAACAGUUGCUUUUCAUGUAAUUAUAAUUCAGCCAUUCUUACACUAACAAAUACUGUUGAGGUCGAGGUUAUACCUAGUGUUUAUCUACUGGAACUGAGAAGAAAAAUAGAGGGGAAAAAUCCCUUCUCUCUACCUGCUGGUAAGGGUGCAUCAUUGGUUCAUGUUCAACUUGUUCUCCACCUGAACCCCCACAUCCCCUCCUGCAAAGCUGCUUUCCAGCCCGUUGGACCCCAGCCUGCACUGAUACAUGGGUUGUUCCUCCCAGGGGAAGAACUUUGCAUUUCCACGUUGAGCUUCCUGAUAGUCCUCUCUGCCUCUUUUUCCAGCCUGUUGAGGUCUUUCUGAAUGGCAGUACAAGUGUCUGGUUAUCAACUGCUCUCCCCAGUUUCGUAUCAUCUGCCAGCUUCCCAAGCGUGCGAUCCAUCUGUCCGUGCAGGUUGCUAAUGGAGAUGUUGAAGUGUCCACCCCUUGGUCACUCCACUAGCGACCAAACCCUUUGAGCCCAGCAGUUCUAUCAGUUUCAGUCCACCUCACUGUCCGUUUACGUAGCCUGUGCUUCAGUUUGUCUAUGAGAAUGCUAUGGGAGACAGUCAAAAGCCUUUCUAAAGUCUUAAAAAAAAAGGAAAGUCUUAGUCUUAGACGUAGUAAAGCCAGUAUAAACAACAUCCACUGCUCUCCCCUCAUCCACUGAAAUAGUCAUCUAAAGGAAAAAAUCCUGUCCAAGAGGCACUUGCCAUAACUUCCAAUAACAAAUGCAGAGAGAGAAUUUUCUACAGGUAAUUUUUUUAAAAGCUACCUGAGGAUGUUAGUUGGGGAAAAUUGUUGGAUACAAUAAAAGCAACUUGCCUACUGAGUCCAUUUUUACUGUUAGUGGUGGUAUGAAUUUUACUUUCCAGACCAUUCUGCCUUAAAGGGAUUUUAGACAGUAAUACUCAAUUGAGCACUAAAAGACAAGGACUCAGUGGAGAUAAUGGGAUUAUUGCACAUUGCAAUUACCCUGUUCAGCUACUAAAAGUUAUUAUACAAGUUUUAUACUCUGCUUCUCUUGCAAAUUGUCUAAUAAAUUGUCAAAUUGAACUUAGCAACUGUUCUCAAGUUGUAUCAGCCUUCAAAGUAAAUAAUUCUAUGUAAGUCCUGAAAAAUGAUUUGUGUUCUGCAAAAUUGUAUUUUUUUCCCAGAUGUAUCAGUUGACCUAAUAAAAACCAGGUCCUGUCUGA